ACCCCCCCCUCCCUGUCCGGUCCGGGUUCGCUUGCCUCGUCAGCGUCCGCGUUUUUCCCGGCCCCCCCCCAACCCCCCCGGACAGGACCCCCUUGAGCUCGCCCCUCAGCUGCCACCAUGAGCGACCAAGAUCACUCCAUGGAUGAAGUGACAGCUGUGGUGAAGAUUGAAAAAGGUGUUGGUGGCAAUAAUGGGGGUAGUGGUAACGGUGGUGGUGCCGCCUUUUCUCAGACUCGAAGCAGCAGCACAGGCAGUAGCAGCAGCAGUGGUGGCGGAGGAGGGCAGGAAUCCCAGCCAUCUCCUUUGGCUCUGCUGGCAGCAACCUGCAGCAGAAUUGAGUCACCCAAUGAGAACAGCAACAACUCCCAGGGUCCGAGUCAGUCAGUGGGCACAGGUGAACUUGACCUCACAGCCACACAACUUUCACAGGGUGCCAAUGGCUGGCAGAUCAUCUCUUCCUCCUCUGGGGCUACCCCUACCUCAAAGGAACAGAGUGGCAACAGUACCAAUGGCAGCAAUGGCAGUGAGUCUUCCAAGAACCGCACAGUCUCUGGUGGGCAGUAUGUUGUGGCUGCUACCCCCAACUUACAGAACCAGCAAGUUCUGACAGGUCUACCUGGAGUAAUGCCUAAUAUUCAGUAUCAAGUAAUCCCACAGUUCCAGACUGUUGACGGGCAGCAGCUGCAGUUUGCUGCCACUGGGGCCCAAGUGCAGCAGGAUGGUUCUGGUCAGAUACAGAUCAUACCAGGUGCAAACCAACAGAUCAUCGCAAAUCGAGGAAGUGGGGGCAACAUUAUUGCUGCUAUGCCAAAUCUACUCCAGCAGGCUGUCCCCCUCCAAGGCCUUGCUAAUAAUGUGCUCUCAGGACAGACUCAGUAUGUGACCAAUGUACCAGUGGCCCUGAAUGGGAACAUCACCUUGCUACCUGUCAACAGCGUUUCUGCAGCUACCCUGACUCCCAGCUCUCAGGCAGGCACGAUCAGCAGCUCUGGAUCCCAGGAGAGUGGCUCACAGCCUGUCACCUCAGGGACUGCCAUCAGUUCUGCCAGCUUGGUGUCAUCACAAGCUAGUUCCAGCUCCUUUUUCACCAAUGCCAAUAGCUAUUCAACAACUACCACCACCAGCAACAUGGGAAUUAUGAACUUUACCAGCAGUGGAUCAUCAGGGACUAGUUCUCAAGGCCAGACGCCCCAGAGAGUUGGUGGGCUACAAGGAUCUGAUUCUCUGAACAUCCAGCAGAACCAGACAUCAGGAGGCUCACUGCAAGGAAGUCAGCAAAAAGAGGGAGAGCAAAGCCAGCAGACCCAGCAACAACAAAUUCUUAUUCAGCCUCAGCUAGUUCAAGGGGGACAAGCUCUUCAGGCCCUCCAAGCAGCACCAUUGUCUGGACAGACCUUCACAACUCAAGCUAUUUCCCAGGAAACUCUCCAGAACCUCCAGCUUCAGGCUGUUCAAAACUCUGGUCCCAUCAUCAUUCGGACACCAACUGUGGGGCCCAAUGGACAGGUCAGUUGGCAGACCCUUCAGCUGCAGAAUCUUCAAGUUCAGAAUCCACAAGCCCAGACAAUCACCUUGGCCCCUAUGCAGGGUGUUUCCUUGGGGCAGACUAGCAGCAGCAAUACCACCCUUACACCCAUUGCCUCAGCUGCCUCCAUUCCUGCUGGCACAGUCACUGUGAAUGCUGCUCAACUCUCCUCCAUGCCUGGCCUCCAGACCAUUAACCUCAGUGCAUUGGGUACUUCAGGGAUCCAGGUGCACCAGCUUCCAGGCCUGCCUUUGGCUAUAGCAAACACCCCAGGUGAUCAUGGAGCUCAGCUUGGCCUUCAUGGAUCUGGUGGUGAUGGGAUACAUGAUGAGACAGCAGCUGGAGAAGAAGGAGAGAACAGCCCUGAUCCCCAACCCCAAGCUGGUCGCAGGACUCGACGGGAAGCAUGUACAUGCCCCUAUUGUAAAGACAGUGAGGGAAGAGGCUCUGGAGAUCCUGGCAAAAAGAAACAGCACAUUUGUCAUAUCCAGGGAUGCGGCAAAGUAUAUGGCAAGACCUCACAUCUCCGGGCACACUUGCGCUGGCAUACAGGGGAGAGGCCAUUCAUGUGUAAUUGGGCAUAUUGUGGGAAGCGCUUUACACGUUCGGAUGAGCUUCAGAGACAUAAACGUACACAUACAGGAGAGAAGAAAUUUGUCUGCCCUGAGUGCCCUAAGCGUUUCAUGAGGAGUGAUCACCUGUCAAAGCAUAUCAAGACCCACCAGAACAAAAAGGGAGGCCCAGGUGUAGCCCUGAGCGUGGGCACAUUGCCCCUGGACAGUGGGGCAGGUUCAGAAGGCAGUGGCACUGCCACUCCUUCAGCCCUUAUUACCACCAAUAUGGUAGCCAUGGAGGCCAUCUGUCCAGAGGGUAUUGCCCGUCUUGCCAACAGUGGCAUCAACGUCAUGCAGGUGACAGAGCUGCAGUCCAUUAAUAUCAGUGGCAAUGGUUUCUAAGAUUAGACACCCAGGGCCAGAGACAUAUGGGCCAAUACCCACCAAGCCUGGGAUGCAAGGUAGCAUGGGUCCAAGAGACAUGUGGAAGAGAGAGCCAUGAGGCAUUAAUGUGCUUGGUGGUAGGAAGAAUUGGGAGAUGGUACAAAAGAAGAGAUGGGAUCGUGGCACCCAUCUAUGUCACUGGUGACUCCUUGAAAAUGGAAAAUAUUAGUGAGAAUUCUGUUGGUGCCACCCUUUGAUCAGCAUUUAUCUCAUCCCAGGUUCUUCUUACAUGUCUUACCCCAGCCUCCUCUUCCUGUUUUUCCCUCUUAGCUCUCCCAUGAUGGAUCCCCCCACCCUUUUCCUAAAGCCAUCAUGCCUUGAUAAAUAUAUAUGAUCAUUGAAAUACUUUUUAACAAAAACAGAUUCUAUAUUAUAUAUAUAUAUAUUAAAAAAUAUAUAGAGAUGCUUUCACAGGGGCUGGCUGGGAGGAGGAAAAAGACCAUUCUGUGACCAAAAUACCUUGGUCUUUUUUUCUUUUCUUUUCUUUUUUUUUUAAUAUUGCCUUAUUUCUCAAUGGCUGAGCCUUAUCAUGACACAUCAAGCUUUCCUAUAAAUGUUGUCCUGGCAUCCCACCAGAGUAAGCAUUCAUACUCCUGCUUUUAGUUCAUAUAUACAUAUAUAAUGUGUCUUCUUUCUUAAUUUUGUUAUUUUAUUUGGGAUCAGCUCCUUGCACACCUUUCCUGACUCAAUCCUUUUUGUCUCCCUUUUUCUCACAUAAUCACUUCCUGUGUUGUUUUUGACAGUGAUUCCUGGAUUUGGCACUUCUGUUGAUAUUUUAAAGUCCUUAGUUCGAGCAAUGGAGUGGAAAAGCCUUGAAGUGUAGUCUGAUGCUUGAAGUAGCUAUGGAGGGAGUAUUCAAAAUACUACUGACGCAGGCACCUUCUUAGUGCUGGAGAGUCAAAACUGUCUCCCUUUAUUAGCUGUUCUAAACAUCAGAAAUCAGAAGUCUUUCUAUGGAAUUGUACAAGAGACCCUUUGAAGGAGAUACACUGUCAAAAUGGUCAAAUAGUAGGCAGCAGCUUUCAGUAUGAAAAGGAUGUUCUCAGAAAAGGAAAUAACUCAUAGUCUUGGGUUCAGAAGUUAGUGGAAUUAUUCAGAUUUCAGUAUCAUUGUCUUCCAAAUAGCUCAAAGCCUCAGUGUAUGGGCUUCUGAGUUCACACUCUGAAAGGAAGCACACUUCCUCUCUUGAACUUUUCUCUAGUUCCUUUCUGUUAAUGUUUUCAUGUUAAGGAGCAUCAGCCAGUGAGUCUGUUUGGACUUUUCAUUCUGUAGAGUGCAAAACUUAUGCUAGUGGCAAAAGUGGUUCUUUUAAAAAAAAAAAUGUCCCCCUUAACUCUUCCUUAGAUGUACUUGGGUAGUUCCUGUGGGAGAGGGAAGCACACAAUCAUGGGAAUGAAAGCCCAGAACAAAAGAAAUCUUGUCUUACCACUGUGGAUUAUAGGAGAAAUCGGGAGAAAUUAUCCUGCUUUCUCUGUGGCCUGAUUCCAUAAGAGACUGAUCCAAAAAUUAUAUCGGCAGGGAAACUCAGUGUAUUUGACACUGAGACUUAAAUGCAACCAGAAUUGUCCUCAAGGCCAGCCAUUAAAGCAUUGUCUCUCUUGACCUUCUGCUAUCUUGUCAGAGAGCUUUUCACUGUGAGGAAGUAUGGAAGUGGUUGAGUGUAUGUGUGAAAUCUAUUAGGUUGGGGAUAGGUUUUCUGUUAGCCAAUAUUUAAAGAGACCUGCAAUAAAAAAUUACCCUGAUCUGAUAGAGAAACUAAAAUGUUUGUGUACGAUUGCGUGUGAAUGUGUUCUUGCCUGUAUAUAUCUACAUGCAGAUGAGAGCUUAUAUUUGAAAUUGUUGAAAAAUAAAUUCAGAUCGAAACGCC